UGGAAUUGUCAAGGGUUGGGGAACCUCGCGACAAUCCGGCGAAUAAAGGAGAUCCAUCGUAGUAUGGCUCCUAGUGUAAUGUUCCUCAUGGAAACAAAAAACAGUGAUGACUUUAUCAAUCAAAAGUUGCAAAUGCUCCAUUAUGAUCACUAUUUUUCGGUUCCACCUAUGGGCCUUAGCGGCGGUUUAUCUCUUUUGUGGAAUGAAGAUACUGAAAUCACAAUCUUGGAAUCAUCUCCGAACCUGAUAGACACAAAAGUAGUUCACAAGGGAGCUACAUCAUUCAUAUCGUUUGUGUACGGAGCACCGGCUGGUGAAAACAGGGCUUGCUUCUGGAACAAGCUAUCGACAGUGGGGCAAGGCCGAGAUGCACCAUGGCUGCUCACUGGUGAUUACAACGAUAUUCUGAACAAUGCAGAAAAGAUAGGAGGUCCUCCCAGACCCGAAGGCUCGUUCACUGCUUUCAGAUCGUUUGUGGCACAAAACGGACUUUGGGACCUGAAACACUCCGGAGAGCAGCUGUCUUGGCGGGGAAAUCGCUAUACUCACUUCAUCCGCUCGCGACUUGAUAGAGCCAUGAGCAACUGCUCUUGGGCUGAGGCUUUCCCUCUUGGGAGAUGCCGUUAUUUAAGGUUUGAAGGAUCUGACCAUCGGCCUUUGAUCACAUAUUUCAACUCAGAUAGACCCAAGCGCCAAGGCAUGUUCCGGUUCAACCGAACUCUGGCGGAAAAGGAAGAAGUAAUGCAUCUGGUAGAUUCGAGCUGGCAUCAUUCUCCUCUUGAUUCUGUGAUACAGAAACUGAAUGCGGUUCGAAGAAGCAUUAUUCAGUGGGCAAAGGAGCAACAAACACAGAGCAACAUACUGAUAAAACAGAAUCAAGACGCUUUAGAAGAAGCUCUCUCUUGUGCAGCUCCGGACCCAGUGCACAUCGAGGUACUUACCAAGGAGCUACACAAAGCCUACAUUGCAGAGGAGAGUUUUUGGCUGCAAAGAAGCAGGAUUCAAUGGCUAAAACAAGGGGACAGAAACACAGGCUUCUUCCACGCGGCGACCAGAACCAGAAGAACUAUAAACUCCAUUCCGGUAAUUGAAGAUUCCCAAGGAGGAGUGGUCUAUGACGAGCAAAGCAUUACCAGGGUGAUCUCUGACUAUUUCACCCAGAUCUUCACAACAAACGGCAAUGAAGACUUCUCACAGCUACAAGGCCUCCUUUCCCGAAAGGUAACGCCAGAGAUGAAUGAGAUGUUAACUACUAUCCCGAGCGAUUCGGAAAUAAGAGAGGCAGCGAAAUCUAUUGAUGGAGGCAAGGCUCCCGGACCGGACGGGUUCCCAGCAACGUUCUACCAAGCAUAUUGGCAUAUCGUGGGACAGGAUGUGACCACUGAUGUACGAAGAUUCUUCACCACCAAUCACCUUCACCCGCAACAGAAUGACACCCAUAUCAGGCUCAUUCCGAAGGUCACGGGGCCUCGAGCAGUCGCGGAUUAUCGUCCUAUCGCCCUGUGCAACACUCAUUACAAGAUUAUAGCAAAGAUCCUUACUCGAAGACUGAAGCCGUUACUGUCGUUGCUCAUCUCUAAUACCCAAUCGGCUUUUGUAGCGGGACGUUCGAUCUCGGAUAAUGUCCUCAUCACCCAUGAAACCCUACACUACUUGCGUACCUCUGAAGCAAAGAAGCACUGCUCCAUGGCGGUUAAGACGGAUAUGAGCAAGGCAUAUGAUCGAAUCGAAUGGGGUUUUGUGAAAGAAGUACUGACAGUCCUUGGCUUCGCCCCAACCUGGGUCUCUUGGAUCAUGAGCUGUAUUGAAUCAGUCUCCUACUCUUUCAUGAUCAAUGGUUCACCUCAGGGUUAUGUGAAACCGUCUCGAGGCCUUAGACAAGGUGAUCCCCUCUCGCCGCAUAUCUUUAUCCUUUGUACCGAAGUCCUCUCAGCUCUGUGUGAGAAGGGACAACUGGACGGAUCCCUGCCCGGGGUUAAAGUCUCACGCGGUAGCCCACCAAUCAACCACCUCCUGUUCGCCGACGAUACCAUGUUUUUCUGUAAAUCGAAGCCAUCCUGUGUAUCAGCACUAAUGAAGAUCCUGGCUAUCUACGAAGCAGUUUCGGGACAGAGGAUAAACCCUCAGAAGUCGGCAAUUACCUUCUCAGCGAAAACACCUGCCCCUGUCCGAGCUCGGGUCAAAGAUACUAUGGCUAUCUCUAUGGAAGGCGGGAUUGGAAAAUAUCUAGGACUACCCGAACACUUCGGUCGCAGGAAACGAGACAUUUUCGCGUCUAUUGUAGAUAGAAUAAGGCAAAAGGCACACAGCUGGACAGCCAAGUUUCUAUCAGGUGCGGGUAAACAGAUCAUGCUUAGAUCAGUCCUCUCCGCCAUGCCUUGCUAUGCCAUGUCGUGCUUCAAGUUACCAGUCUCCUUAUGCCGACAAAUACAAUCGAUCCUAACACGGUUCUGGUGGGACGCCAACCCGGAGAAAAAGAAGAUGUGUUGGGUUGCAUGGACAACUAUGGCAUUGCCAAAGUAUGCGGGAGGUCUCGGUUUUAGAGACAUCGAAACUUUCAAUGACGCUUUGUUAGCAAAAAUUGGCUGGAGAAUCAUCAAGGAUCCUCAGUCUUUGCUUGCUCGAGUACUGCUCGGGAAAUACGCCAAGGACUCUUCAUUCAUGGAUUGUGCUAUCCCUGCUUCAGCCUCUCACGGCUGGAGAAGUAUCUUAGCCGGAAGGGAGAUUCUCAAGAAGGGACUUGGUUGGGCAGUAGGCAAUGGUGAAUCGAUCGGACUCUGGAGCGAUCCCUGGCUCUCUUUCAACACCCCUUGUCGACCAAUUGGACCUGCUACAGCAGAGAACCACUCAAUGAAAGUGAGUGAGCUGUUAUGCCCACUUAGUAACCAGUGGGAUGUGGAGAGAAUCCGAGCUAUCUUACCUCAGUAUGAGGACGCUAUUUUGGGAAUAAAAACAAGUGCAACGCCUUCCCUUGAUACUCUCCUUUGGCUACCAGAACGGUCAGGCAUAUACUCAACUAAAACAGGUUAUGGCAUUGGCAUGAUCGAUGAUAAGGAACCUGAAAACAGGGUCAACCCAAUAAACUGGCUUGAACAUGUCUGGAAGGUUAAAACUGCACCAAAGCUCAAGGACUUCCUAUGGAGGGUUCUUAAAAAGGCCAUACCUGUUAGCUCGAACCUUGAAAGCAGAGGAGUAGCGAGCUUUGCCUGUAAGAAGUGUGGGGCUUACGAGGACGACAUCCAUGUUUUCCUCCACUGUCCAAUUGCAGAAGAAGUCUGGAGCCUUAUCCCGGUCGCGCUGAGGCCAUCUCCCAUCAUGGGGUCGCCAGAAGAUAUUGUUAAGAACGGUGCUAAGUACACUCCUCUGCCUCCGGUUGGAUUAACUUCCCCGAUAUGGCCUUGGGUUAUGUGGUAUUUGUGGAAAGCUAGAAACAAACUGAUCUUUGAGAACAGAAGCUUCACAGCUCAAGAAAUUGCUCUAAAAAGUGUGCAGGAUGCAAAGGAAUGGAACAACGCGCAGGUUGAGAGCAUGGGACCAAAGCUGACUGGCCAAUCACAACUACGACCCCAACCUCAAGCUCUCCGAUCUCCUCCGACUUUCUCUCCUGAUAUACUAGUAUGCAGCGUGGACGCAGCUUGGGAUGCCAACACUGGACGAUGCGGGAUAGGGGGAGUUUUCUCGGGAAGUAUGGAGAGACCUGGACACAAUUUAUCUGAAGCGCAUAGCUAUGUAUCAUCAGCUCUAAUGGCCGAAGCCAUUGCUGUUCGUUUGGCGGUUUCAACUGCCGUGUACUCAAACGUCCGAUCCCUAGCGGUUCUAUCGGAUUCUCUAUCUCUUAUCAAUCUUUUGAAGAAGGGAGGAAACCAACCUGAACUGUUCGGUAUCAUGUUUGAUAUCUAUCACUACUUAUCACUCUUUGAUUCCAUAUCUUUCCAUUUCAUUUCUAGGAACUUUAAUGCUGAGGCUGAUUCUGUGGCAAAAUUAGCCCUUGCUAUGUCUGUAACAAACUCCAUUAUGGGGGAGUAAAACCUUUUUCAUUAUGGAAUGAAAUGCUAGUUUGAUCAAAAAAAAAAAGAAAAAAAACAAGAAUUUGACCCCAAAAAAAAACAAGAAAAAAAGAGAGCAACGUGGUAUAUUUGGUUUUGAUAGAGAAGGAGAGAGGAGACCAACACAUUACACAUACAAACACAUUUUGAUGUCACUCUCGAUCUGAAACAUCUCUAUCUCUCCUCAGAGAUUCCCUUCUCAGGCCCCAUUGUCUCUCUUCCUUUUAUGUUACAACUUACAACUAAGACCCUCUCUUUACCACCAACACCAUAAAAUAUAAAUUAAAAAAUAUUAUUGAUUUAAGGAAAAUUGGUAACAAUAACCAUUAAUUACUGUUAUUCUUCUCUAAAUACGUACUAACAUUUAUUUUUGUGUGCUCAGUGUAAUAAAAAAAAUAUACAUAGUUAUAUUUGAUGUAAACGCCACAUAUUUGUUUUUCUUUGUUUUACAUCCAAUUUGAAAUUCUUUUAUUUGAAUUUCUUCAACACGAUUUCUAAAAAAAUGAUUAUAACUAAAAAAGUACAUUUUUCACAUAGAUGGUAACUUAAUUGAUGAACUGUUACAAUUUUUUUAUGAACUUUUUUAGAAGUUAAAAUAUACUGAUGUAUUAUUUUUUUUGCAACAAACGAGUAUUCUAUUACUCAAACUUGAGAUAAUAGAACAACCAAUAAAACAAAAAGAUCUAUGAAAAGAACAGACAUUCAUAGCUAUCGAAUCAAUAAUUUCAUUCCUAGCUAAAAACAAAUAAUUUCAUUAUAGCCAACCAAUACUGAUGUAUUCUAUAUGUUAUUUAGAAUGGCAUAAUAGUCUACCGAACACAAUAAAGUAGUUUUCAUAUUUCCAAAUCUUUCUAUCUUACCAAUUUAUAUAGUAUUGUUCAAUCAUGACAUGUAUCAACCCUAUAUUAUAUUUUGACAAUGUUGAUUAUGCAAAAGUUAUCAUAGUUCAGUUUAGAUUAUGUGUUUGUCAAAAUUGAUGCAGUUUAUUACAAAUUUUUACUUUGUAAUUCAGAUAUUAUAUAACAAAAAUGGAAUUUGGUUUUGAUUUUUAUAUAUAUUAUAUUAUAUAUUUUUAUAUAGUAUGUUCAGUAUUUGUUUUUCCUAAUGUAAAGACAGGACAUUUCAUCCAAAAUUCAAUCAUUGAUUGUUACACUAUUUUAUGGUUAUUUUCUUAAUUUGUCUGCUAUGGGUACUGAGCAAAUUUACCUUUGAAUAAAUUUUUUUUGGUUAUUGGAUCAAACUUUCCUAACAUUAUUUGGUAAAAGCAAAAAAAAAAAUCAUUUCUUUCUAGAAAAAAAAUAAAGAAAAUAACAAAACUGGAUUGGACUGGUUCUGUCGCUUUCCCUUUUUACACUUCCGACAGAUUCCUUUGGCAAUUCUCUCUUUCACUAUUUUCACUAUUUUUUGUUUUAUUUAUUUUUCUGGUUAAACAUAUUACGGAAAAAUAUCAUUUACCUCCAGACAAUACAUAAAUUUGUCUAUCACAGUCUCUUCUCCUUUGUAUUUUUGUACAAAUUGAAAACUGUAAUAGUGUCUUUGCAUGUGUGAGUGUACGUUUGGCCGUAUGGGCAUAUCAUGGUAUGCGUUUCUUUGACCAGUUCGAUAAUAAAGGUUGCAUGUUUUUUCUUGCUAAAAAAGAGGUUACAUUUUUAUACAUAUAUACGUGAUACAUGAUGAACCUAACAUCUUAGUUAACCACACUAUAAAUAUAGCAUGCUUGGUUGGUGUUUGUACCUAAUAUGUUAGGUGUAUCAUAUGGUUCAGAAUUUUUUACUAGUCUGAACGAGGAAAAAAUUAUAUAAAUUGUGGAGUAUUUUUAAAAAAAAAAUUUCAUUCCUUGUGUAUUGUUACAUAAGCUUAGAGUCGGAACGUGUUAAUGGUUACUCUUUAUUUUCCUUCUGACGUAGUGUUAUUGACUUUAUUAUAUAGUAAAAAGAAUUUGAGAUGAGACAACUAUGAUUUUUUCUAUCACAAACUUAAUAAUUGGAGCUAAAGGUUGAGAGCAUUUAUCCACGGAAACAAAAAAAAUUGGCUUAAAUGUUGACAUUUUGCCUUAACUUUCUUUAUGGUUUAGUUGACUUUCUAUUUUUUUUAAAUCCUUAUUCUUCAAUUAUUUUUGCUCCACCCAUCAUAGUGCAUUAUGAGGUUAAUUUGGCUAUUUAUAAUCGUCAUCUCAUGACCAGUUUCGUUUCAUCUUUGAGGUUAAUACUUAUUGUCGCAUAGUCACACCGUCCCGGGAUUAUUAUCGUGUUAUGGUACUGAGUUUUAAUGUAUGCACUAAACCUCAAAUAUAUAAAGUUACUUUAAAAUAUAGAUUAACACUCUUUCUAAAAUUUUUUAAAAAAAACAUAGAAUGACAUUUCGGGCCUUCGGGGUAAGAUUAAUCUGGCCUAUGAAUUGUUCAAUAUAAUUUACCUCCAAACUAAAAGAAGCCUUCUUGGUCAGCAACUAAAAGAAAUCUCAAGCCUCAAACAAAAAAAAAAAAUCUCAAGCCUCUGUUUUUGCUUUUGUUUUUGUUUUUGUUUUUGUUUUUGUUUUUUUGUAUUAAAAUAAUAUGAGCUGUGUUCCGGCAUUCUUUUCGAUAUCUACGUUAAUUAUAUUUUAAUUUUUACUGAAUUUUUCCAUCUUUGCAGAAAAAACUUCUUUAAAAAAACAAAAAAUCCUCAGGUUAGCUUAGCCACUUUAACCCUUCCCAAGAUUUAAAACUUUUAUUCUCUCUUCUCAAACCGGCCACUAACCGAUACAACACAAACACGCGCAGCAAAAAUACUCACGCGUCUACCCCGCGCGUAUGCGUAAUUUUGAACUCAACACGUUAACACGGACGUGAGACAAAGUGCGAGCCUCUGUAGUCAAUCACCUUCAUGUCCUGACAGUUACGGGUCUACUUUCUCAUUUUACAUACGCGCGCGUGAGCUAACAACCAACUCCUUGACAAAUUCCGAAAUUACCCCUUACUAUGUUUCCUUCCUCAAAAAAUAUUCUCUUAUCAAAAUCUUCUUGUUGUUACUCUUUCUUUCUUUGCGCCUUUGAGGGAGAGAAGAAGAUGAAGGCACCUAACAUGGAGACGAUAACGAAAUCUCUUGAGAAUAUUUCUUUUAAUGAUCGGAGAAGAAGAGCCGAAGAUGGGUUUGGAAGAUCGUCGUCGAGCAAUGAACAUAUUCCUCCGAUCUCAGAUAGAACACUAGAGCUCAAUUCUCACUUAUCUCUCCCUUCUCACUGGGAACAGUGUCUUGAUCUCAAGACAGGAGAGAUUUACUACAUCAACUGGAAAAAUGGAAUGAGAGUGAAAGAGGAUCCAAGGAAAGUGAUGAUAAAUGCAGAUAGUGACAGUGGAGAAUCAUAUGGAACAUUGUGCUCAGAAGAAGAUAGCUCAUAUUACGACAGUGAGGAGUCUUCAUCAGCGUCAUCUCCAUCAUCAAGUGAGAAUCAAAAAGAGGAUGAGGAUGAA